AUGAAGGACCUUGCUUCGUUCAGUACUCUGAUUUUGGCACUUUUUGCUCUGGCUCUACAAGCUGAAGGUUCCCAUCACAACCAUAAAAAGCACCAGAAGCCAAAGCCCUUCCAGUGUUAUGCUUGCUUCGGAGUGAAGAAUUGUGACAGAGGUGGAGAACAGUGGGACUGUGCAGCUACAGAAAGGCAGCUUCAACCAGCUUGCAAAACAGAGUUCAAACACAUCAGGGGA